GCUCCAACAAAAGUCCGGAGCACUACACGGAGAGGAAGAUGGCGCUGUUCUGUGGUGAACAUGACAUCAACUGCAGUGGUUCAUCACAGACCACGUCCCUGAAGGAUAGCCCCUCAGACAUCAGGCCCGUCUUCGCGUGCGUACUACGAGCUGGUGGCAAGCAUCAAUAACAUGCCCAGCCUCCGAAACAACUCCACCAAGUUCAGUGCAUUCGUUCUUGGACUGCUAAACUUGAAGGCACUGGAGGCAUGGUUGAUGUAUCUGAGACAGAGAGAUCAGUUGCUAGGGAAGCACUACAAGCAGGAAGCGUUGCUAAGGCUGGCCAGCACCUCCCACGUGCGUCUGUUCGACGAAAUCAUCAUCGCUGUUCAGCCUCUCGCUGUCCUGCCAUUUGAUCUCGAUAUCAGUCUACUAGAUGGCGCCACCAGCCUGACAACGAGCUUUGCUGUGACGCCACUCACGGGCGAAACAGGUGUACAAUACUCACCAUCGAAGCAGCCAGCGGCAACCGUAAAGUCGCCGUCACCGCCCACAGACAAGUUCCCCGCGGCGCAGGCGAGCAUUGAGGUGUCGCCCCCUGGCGACAGAUCGCCCAGCGCGAUCCCCACAGCGCUUCUGAAGACUCAGGGCUUCCGAGUCUCCGCGGCGAGACACGACCCACGCGAGACAAAGCCGACGACUCCGCCCGGCGGAAAGCCAUCGCUUCCGGAACGGAAACCGGAUCCCCGGGUUCCCGCGCGGGGGAAGCCGUCCCUCCCCGAGAGGAAGCCGGAGAGGGUUCCCUCGAGGAGGAGCCCCACCGAGGGGAAACCCCUGCUCCCCGAGCGAAAACCGGAGAGGGAGAGGACCUCCCGGCCGCAGAUGCGCGUCGCCUCGCCGGACGCGUUCUCGCUCGCCUCGCUCACGAGCAGCAUGCGCCGCCGCUGGGGAGGUCUCGGCUCGAACAUCAUCAAGACGAUCGACAAGCUGAUGGAGCCCCGCACGCCGACGUCCCCCCCGCCGCCGCAGCUCGAUGCUCCGCCGCCGAAGCCUCCGCGCCGGUCCGUCGCCGCGGCAACGAGGAAGACGGGUGCGCAGCAGCAGCAGGCUCCGAUCAUGCUGAUGAAUCCGAUGGCAGAUGCUGACACGCAGCGGAGGUUGGAGGCGGACGCAGAGGGCGCCACCGACAGUCGCGCGUCGGCCAGUUCCGUUUCGUCGCAGGAUACAGAUACGGCAGGCACGCCCGACUCUGAGGAGACGGUGGCGCCCCUCGGUGGCAAGAAAUGGUCCAAGUCGAGGAGGGUGCAGACGAGGAUUCCGACUAUCAAGAAGAUGGUAUCCUCUAACACCUCCAGCGGCAGUGACAAGGAACGGCCGGAAACCAUGAAGCUGUGGGGAAAACAUUUCAAGCACGCGAGAGCGCACACGGAGCACCGGGCGCGGCGGGCGAACGAGCUCAGCUUUGAGAAGGGGGCGCUACUGCAGGUGGUGCACGACGUCGACCGUGAUUGGCUGCGCUGCCAGCACCUCAGCAAGGUCGGACUCGUGCCGAAGAAGUGCAUCCGCGGGUGUCCGUGAGUGCCGGGGUCGCGCCGAGGUCACAUCGGGGCCACGGCAAGGUCAGGUCAGGGUCGUGGCAGCCUCGCACUGAGGUCACAGCAAGGUCGCACCUAGGUCGCUGCGGUGUCGCAUAAA